UUUUCACAAGCAAUCGCCAUUAGAGCCUUUUUGUAAGAAAAGAUUAGAGAAAAACCAGAGAUGGGUGAAGAAAGUGGGUGUUGCAAGAGAGCAGGAGGACCAGGAUAUGCAACUCCAUUGGAAGCCAUGUCUGGUCCUACAGAAGCUCUUCUCUAUGUUACUUGUGUUUAUAAUGGAACUGGUAGAGAGAAGCCUGAUUUUCUGGCAACGGUUGAUGUCGAUCCGAACUCACCUACUUAUUCGAAAGUUAUACACAGGCUGUCUUUGCCAUAUACAGGCGAUGAACUUCAUCACACUGGGUGGAAUUCAUGCAGUUCCUGCCAUGGUGAUCCCUCUGCAACUCGACGUUUCCUGAUCCUGCCUGGGUUGCUAUCUGGCCGUGUCUAUGUGAUCGACACACAGAAGAAUCCGAAGGCUCCGUCGUUGCACAAAGUGGUGGAGCCGGAAGACAUCGUUGAGAAAACUGGCUUAGCAUACCCCCACACAUCUCACUGCCUCGCCUCCGGAGACGUAAUGAUUUCGUUUCUAGGAGACAAAGAUGGACACUCCAAAGGCAAUGGAUUUCUCCUCCUCGAUUCCCAAUUCAACAUCAAAGGAAGGUGGGAGAAACCAGGGCCUAAAGCUGAUUUCAGCUAUGAUUUUUGGUACCAACCUCGACAUAAAACGAUGAUCUGUUCAUCAUUUGGGGCUCCUUAUGCUUUCACCCAAGGUUUCAACCUUAAACAUGUCGAAGAUGGUCUUUAUGGAAGACAACUCUUUGUCUAUGACUGGCCUGAUGGUCAUCUUAGACAAACAUUGGAUCUUGGUGACAAUGGUCUCAUCCCCGGAGAGAUAAGAUUCUUGCAUGAACCAUCCAAAGACAUGGGGUACGUCGAGUGUGUCUUAACAAGCAACGUGGUACGGUUUUUCAAGACCCAAGAUGGAUCAUGGGGCCACGAGGUGUCUAUCCAAGUGGAGCCACUGAAAGUGGAGAAUUGGAUCCUUCCCGAAAUGCCCGGGCUUAUAAUCGGACUUUUGAUCUCACUCGACGAUCGAUUCCUGUAUUUCGUCAACUGGUUUCAUGGAGAUGUCCGACAAUACAACAUCGAGGACCCUAAAAACCCGGUCUUGGUCGGACAAGUAUAUGUUGGAGGAUUGCUUCGAAAGGGAAGCCCUAUAGUCGCCGUUGCAGAAGAUGGUACAACAUGGCAAACCGAUGUUCCUACAAUCCAGGGACAUAGCUUGAGAGGGGGACCUCAUAUGACACAGUUGAGCUUGGAUGGGAAGAGGCUAUAUGUGACAAACUCGCUGUUCAGCACAUGGGAUCGGCAGUUCUAUCCGGAUGUCAUAGAGAAGGGUUCCCACAUGCUGCUGAUCGAUGUCGACACCGAGAAAGGCGGUCUUACGAUAAACCCGGAUUUUUUUGUCGAUUUCGGAGCCGAACCCGAUGGACCUUGCCUGGCUCAUGAGAUGAGAUACCCGGGUGGUGAUUGCACUUCAGACAUUUGGAUUUAAGCAUCUCUAAAACCAGUUUGGCCAUGAAGAAAUCAUCCCAUAGUAGGGAAAAAGAUAAUCAAUGCAGAUGAUUCUAGUGACGUGUGAAAUUAUAUGUUGCCUAAAAUGUUCAGAUAAGAUCUAAAUCUUAAGAAUAAAUCAUUUCUAAAUAUGAUUAAAAAUCCUCUUCUCCUUU